AUGCCGAAGAGCUACAGAAACCAGAGCAAGACUGCUCGCAACCCCAAGCGCCCUUUCGAAAAGGAGCGCUUGGACCAGGAGCUGCGGCUGCUGGGCGAGUAUGGCCUCAAGAACAAGCGGGAAGUCUGGAGGGUGCAGUAUGCGCUCGCGAAGAUCCGCUCAGCGGCCCGCGAGCUGCUGACUCUUGAAGAAAAGGACCCGCGCCGCAUUUUCCAAGGCACGGCCCUGCUGCGCCGGAUGGUCCGGCUGGGGCUGCUCAGCGAGGGCGAACAGAAACUGGACUACGUGCUGGGGCUGACUGUGCAGAAGUUUCUGGAACGGCGGCUGCAGACGCGCGUGUUCAAGUUGGGGCUGGCGAAGUCGAUCCACCACGCGCGCUGCUUGAUUCGCCAGCGGCACAUCCGCGUGGGCAAACAAAUCGUGGACAUUCCUUCUUUCAUGGUUCGCGUGGACUCCGAAAAGUACAUAGAGUUUUCACUGACAUCGCCGUACGGGGGCGGGCGGCCGGGCCGCGUGAAGAGAAAGUCGCUCAGGGGCGGCGACGACAAGGACGGCGACGACGAGUGA